CACUUCUUCUUUCAAAAGACAUUUCAGUAAACUUGGUAGUGUUACACUUUCUUGGCUUCACCAAAUAUAUUCAGUUACAGUAAAUAUCCAAAGGAACUACAUUAAAGUCAACAUGAAACAAUCGUAAAAUAAUGUUUAUAACAGAAAAUUAUGAAGACAGAGCACAUACCACUUCUGCAUGUGCUUAACAGAAACAGCACUACUUUGUUGAAUUGUAGGAAUAUCUGAUGACAGGAUGUGAUAAAAGUGGACCCUAAUCUCAAAGCUUUACACAUCUAGAUCAAAUAUGUAUCUUUACAAAAGUCUAUAAAUUCAGUUUCUUAGGCGGAAAUUAAUACAAUGUAUAGUUUAGUUUCUAAUUAAUAAUGCGGUCAGGGAUGCAGCAAAUCUAACAUUCACCUUCCAAUGUCAAAGAGUGUGAUGGUUAAAUUGUACACUAAAACAGCUGGCUGUAAAUUUGCAAAUGAUCUAACCAAGGAACUCUUCUUCAACUCUCAUUCAACUUUUUAUCAGGCCCAACCAGACUGCAUGUUCUGCCUGCUGUCAAUUGUUUUACUCAUCACAGCAGAGUUUGAUAGACCAGAAGAGGAAACAGAAGUUGUUCCCCUUUCCUACAAAGAUGGCUGGUGGUAUCCGAUACUCACGUUUCUUAACAUACAGUGCUCUGCUGCUGAUUGGGGUCUAUGAUGUGAAGGCUUCCAGUUGUCAACGUGUCAUCCAUAAAAACGUUGGAGACACCGUAGAGUUUUCAUCAUGCUUACCAACUGAAGGGGUCACAACAGCAAGAUGGAAAUAUAAAGGAUCAAUAAUAGCAGACAAAGAUAAUUAUUCUGGAGAACAUCAGUUCAAAGGCAGAUUAGACCUAAACCCCACAAACUUUAGUUUAACAGUGAGAAGACUGACUCUCAAAGACUCUGGUAAUUUCAGUUUUCUCUCAGAGGGUGUGGCUGACAGCCAAAGGGGAACAGUCACUGUCACUCUGAAAGUUCAUGAGCCCAUAACUGUCAGAAUUGUUUCAAAUUCUACGUGGCACACCUUAAACAAAUCCUGUACAGUUUUGCUGGAGUGCCAGGCAACCUCUGACAUCAACAACAGUGACAUCACCUACAAAUGGGCCGUGAGGAAUCAAACCAUAGUAGGCCCCGGACUGGAAUACACAAUCAAACCUCAGGACCAAGACACCAAAUUCUCCUGCACGAUUUCCAAUGUUGUCAGCAAGAUGUCUGCAACCGAAACAGUGAAGUGUAGCCCACAAGCAUCAGUGUCCAACUCCUCAUCUCUUGUACCGUUGAUUAUUGGGCCGGUUAUUGUAAUUUUACUGAUUUUUCUACUGCUGCUCUCGCUGCUUUUUUAUACAAAGUUAAAGGAUCCAUGUUGUAACAGGGCCACCCAGUCUCAAACGGUCAACCAAAAUGAAACUCAACAGCCCGUGUACUCGUCUCUUCUCCAUGGUGAUGGUUGUGUCUAUGAAGCAUUGAGAGGCUCUAAAGAUGCCGGAACAGGUGAUGGUUGUGUCUAUGAAGUAAUGAGAGGCUCUGAAGAUGCCGGAACAGGUGGACCACCAAAUUAAUACAGUAAUCACAUCGCGAUCAAGAUCUUGACAAGCGGAGUAAGUGCACAAUAUAUAAAAAAAAAAACAUUCAAAUGAAUGCAAAAUAUGCA